AUUUUGAUAUUUUUUAUUUCAUUUGAAAUAAAUAGGUUUAGCCGCAGAAAACUUCUGUUAGUGUCGUUUCUUUUAGCUGCAACGGGAGUAAUUGGCGCACUUCUUUUGUCAGAUAAAGCUGAAUAUGACAAAGGUUAUUUAGCUGGAAAAAUCUUCAUGUCCAUGUUCGUUGCUAACUUCAGCUCUGGGAUUGCAUUCUCGUUGGUGUAUAUUUACGCUGCAGAGCUUUUUCCGACAACAUUAAGAAAUGUCGCUAUGGGUACAUCCACAGCCUGGGCCCGAGUGAGUGGUUUUGCUUCUGCGUAUGCUCCGCUUUUGGUGAGUGUGUUCCUUUUUCUUUUUCAUUUUAAACAUACUGUAUUCAAAUCUGUUGUCAGUGUUUAUCCCAUGUUUCAAUUCCACGCCGCAAAGAAACUGAAACUAAGUUCCUGCAUUCAUGUAUGUAUUCUGAUAAGCUUGGCGAGACAAGAACACCAAGAUCUUGACUAGAACGUAUAGUAUAGUAUAGUAUAGUAUA